AGUGCAUAGCUAACUGCGUUCGAAAUCCCUUCAACAUACCCUUUUUACCCAGUCUAAACCUACAGUUAAAUUACGAAAAAAUCACAAUAAACUAAAUCAACUAAAUUCACCAUUGGAACUAAUAGUACAAAUCAAACAUUCGUGAUAAAACAAAUUCGGCAACUCAUUCAGAUAAAACGCACAUUGUAACGCAGCAGCUAUAGACCAAAAGAACAAUUUUUUUACCGAAAAUAAAGCUAAGUUCAAAUAUAAUAAUUUCUUUCGCACGUGGCUUUUUGAAGGGCAUAUUUAAAAAAAAAUUUCUCUACAUAACUCACGGAUUUUUAAAAUAUUGAAAAACUGUAUCGGGCAAAAAACAUCAUAACAGACUCAAUAUUUUAAAAGUGCCGGUUAAGAAUUCUUUCAAUAAACCUCAAACUUUGAUAAUAAUAAUAAGGGCAAUCUUCCCUCCAGUCUUUUUGUUGAACACACUUAGAUAUUUUUUAAACAGGGCAACUAACUAAACGGGCUAAGUUAAUUAACAAUAGAAUAACAACAAUUGACAAUUUGAUAUUGAUUAUAAAACGAUUAAUAUAAUUUGAACAUCUCAGUUGAUCUUAACACAAUUGAUUUUUUAACAUUUCGAACUACUUGAAACGUCUGUGAUCUUUAUAUAUAAAAAGGAUAUAUUAAUUUCUCGGUUUAGGUGUAACUUUUUCGAAAAGAUUCUUCAGUUAAGACGAAAAACAUAUUUUUCCAAAUAUACGACUCUUGUGCCUUAUUGUCGGCCUUAAAAAACUUCCUAUUAGAAAAGUUUGUAUAUUAUUAAAAAAAUAAAUAAAAAAGAUAAUAAAAAAAUCGAAAAGGAAAAUCGUGGCUUAUUUUGGAAAGUAUAAAAUUGUUAGCGAAAAUUGUUGAAAAUUUCCUAAUAGUGACUGAAAACCGACCAACUACGACACCUCAUCUGGAAGGACAUUGAGUUUGGACUUCCACACAAAGGGGAUUAACAACAACCCCUAUCGGACCCUAAGUACAUUGGUAUUUAAAAGGGACCAUAACAUAUACCAACAGCCGAAAGAAACACAGCUGUUGUUAAAAAAAACAACGGACAAAGACAGACAUAGGAAGAGGUGAUACCUUCACCCCUUAAAACGAGACCCAUUCGAGAUCCUGCAGCCUUACGAGCGGCAAGAAGAAAAACGCGCAACGUUUCACGCAGAAAAAGUGCAAUACUAAGUACAAAAAUUCCUCGUUGUGAAGAUCGUCGCUGAGACGGCCUGAAAAUAGGCCAAAAUUCCGAAAUUUUGGACAAUUUUUCUAAAAUCUUCAACACGGAGGAACAGACGCUCAUCAACAAUAUCAAAGUCGAACAUGAGAAUCUUGUAGCGAAGUGGUUACAGAAUUCCUUCAAAAUUCAAGAAAAUACCGCGUUAGACCUAAGGGCAACGCCUCUGUCACUUCAGAUACCGCCAAUGACAGAGGUAAACAACAGACCGGUAUUCAAGAUGAACAACGAUUUUUGGAACCAGGCCAGAGGGCCGCCUCAGAUGAUGGCUCAGAACCUGAGCAACUCAAACCAGAAUUCACCGGUGCCAGGAAGUGCGAAUUCCAUUCCUGCUCAUUCGCCUUCUCAGCACAGUACCUCGUCUCAGAAUCAAAACCACGUUAUGGCGCAGAACCAGAUGGCGAUGCAACAGCAGAACCAGAACCAACUGCAGCAGCCUCAACAGUCAAACACGCCAAACUCUCACCCACAGACACCACAGAACCCUCAGAAUGCUCAGCAGAUGACACCGAAUAGUCAAAUGUCACAGCAAUCCAAUAACCACCAGCAACAGCAGCAGCCUCAGAAUAACGGACAGAACCAGCAGCACACGCCUCAGAUGGGUAGUCCAAACACUCAGCACCAUAAUUUGCAGGCUGCGCACGCUCACGCCCUGGCUCAGCAACAUUUAGCGCAGAUGACUCAGCACCAUCUCGGAAGCGGACAGAACUCACCUGAGAAGUUGCAUGAAAAGUUGGUGAACGAUAUACAGUUGCUUUCCCAACUAACUCUACCGGAUAUGAGCCUCCAAAGGAACACAUCUUCUUCUUCUAUCAGUGAAAGGACUCUAGAAGAAUGCUGGACUACCCUGCAGCGUAUCUUCAUGACGAAGUCCAUGCACAUGCAUGCCAGAGAACUCACAGGCAGAUCUGAGGUGAAACCACAUCAGUGUCAGCAGUGUCUAAAAAGCUUCAGUAGCAACCACCAGCUAGUUCAACACAUCAGGGUCCAUACCGGCGAAAAACCAUACAAAUGUUCCUAUUGUGACAGAAGGUUCAAGCAAUUGAGCCAUGUACAACAACACACAAGACUGCAUACAGGUGAACGUCCUUACAAAUGCCACCUACCUGAUUGUGGAAGAGCGUUCAUCCAGCUAAGCAACCUGCAGCAACACCUUAGGAAUCACGACGCUCAGGUGGAAAGGGCGAAAAAUAGGCCCUUUCACUGCAACAUCUGCGGAAAAGGUUUUGCAACAGAGUCCAGCCUGAGAACCCACACGUCGAAAGUAAGCCAUUGCAUUGGUCGUUUGCAGCAACAUGCAGCUCUCAUUGGCGGACCUAAUGCCACAACCUGUCCCUUGUGCCACAAAAUGUUCAUCGGUGGAGAAAGCCUGAUGGAGCACAUGAAACACACACACAAAGAUCCCAACGCUUCGGGGGUAGCCAUUGACGUCAUCGAUCCUUAUUUAGCGAAGAGAAGGACAGCAAAUCAUCCUUGCCCUGUAUGCGGCAAGCAUUACGUUAACGAAGGAUCUCUGAGGAAGCAUUUGGCUUGCCAUCCAGAAACGUCGCAAUUAUCGACAUCUUUGAGAAUGUGGCCAUGCUCAGUGUGUCAAGCCGUUUUUACUCAUGAAUCAGGUCUUCUGAGUCACAUGGAGCACAUGAGGAUGGAUCCCAAACAUCAGUUUGCCGCCCAAUAUGUGCUGUCAAGAGCUGCAGCUGAAAGAAGGGAGAGAGAAACACUCUUGGCUGCCGUUUCGGCGUCUGCUUCUGGUAGCGGACUUCUUCCAUUACCUCCAAUACCUGGACAAACAGGAGGAAGCCCUAUGUGUGCGUCCCCAAGUGCCCAUAGUGAUAGUUCUUCCGGCAACGGAAGACUUUCAUCAACUGGUUCGGAUGCUGGUGGAUUGAAUAACAAUAACAACAACUGUAACACUAAAUUAGGAGAUAUUUUAAGAAGUAACAAUGGACUUCAUCAACAAUACAACGUGGAAGAACAGCUACACAAUGCAAACAGAAUGGCGGCUUUGGCGAAUAUGGUCAGUCAAGGGGGUGUACCACCGGGUCUUGGAUCUGAUCCAGCUUCCAAUAUUGCCAACAUCGCGAACCUCAUGCGGUUAGGAGUGACACAAGCCAACCAAGUGAACAAUAGCAAUCCCUCCACACCUCCCAUCAACAACGAUGCACUCAAUGCAGUAAAUGCUUCCGUCAAUGCAAUGAAUGCCAUGCGAGCCUCCAUGGAAAGCAUAAGAAACAUGGACCCCAUGCGCUCUUCGGUGAUGGACUCUCAGCAAUCGCAACAGCAGGAAGCGCUGAGGAUGCAGCAACACGCGGAGGCUCUGCUAAGAUCCCAGGCGGAGGCAGCCUUAAGGCUGGCCAUGAGCCAGGCAUUACCUCAACUGAACCAGCAGGACAACAACAAUCCCCUUCGGCAUAACGGUAACUAUCAAAGCCAUCAAGGGCAGCCUUCGCAACAACUGAGUCCCGAUCUCACGGAGGCUCUUAGGCUACAGGAGCAAAGGUUGGAACAGGCCUUGAGGCUGCAUGGGAGCGAUCCCAGAUCGCUGGGUUUUUCUCUCAGCGGCCAGCAGCAAAAUCAGAACCAACCGUGAAACUUUAGCUAUUACUGAACGUGUCUUACGUUGAACAUAGAAAUAUAUGUUUACCUGUACAAGUAUGUAUAUAUACUUACAUAGGUUAAUGUGAGUGCUUAUUGUUUUCUGCAUUUUAUCUUGACGUACAACGUUUCUUCCACUUUUUCAAAUAUGAUUGUUCCGAUUUAUCAUUGAAAUUUCUUUGCAGAGUUCCUUUAAUCGUUUUUCACUUCGUUUCAAUUGAGAUAUUUGUUUUGUAAUCUAUACCGGGAGGAGAAAUUCGAAAAUGAACAAGAUCAAAUGAAGAAUUGAAAUUUAUAUCAAAUCUACUUAUUCAAUGCCCUCUCAUUCUUAAACUUUUCGGAAAGGAUUGUUAUUUAAUGUCACAAAAAUUUUUAGAUGUUUUAAAUAGAAAACACCAUGUUCUCUGAUAUCACUACACUAAUUUUCAUUCCUGAGAAACUAUAAAUUCUAAAUUAAUAGGUUAUGUUGAACUUCUUAGAUUUUUCUAAUCAUCAUUAAUGCCGGAACAGGAUUUUUAUCCUUCGUGGCUUACUCAGUUUUUCGAAUUGGAGUAUUGAUCAAAAUAUCUUAAUUUCUCUAUAACUAGGAAAUCAACGAAAUUAUAUAAAAUAUAUUCAUUUACUUUCAACCUAUUAAUACCCAGAGUACAAAAAGAAUUAUAUCUAAACAUUGAAAAGCUAAACUCUUAGUCUACAUCUUGUUUUGCUCUAUAGGCUUGCAUUAUUUCUUCAUAAAACCUUUUGAAUUCCUUAGCCUUUAUCUCCCAUCUAGACUUAUGUGUUAACUGAUGCAGAGUACAAGGCGAAAUAUUAAUUUCGUUUUCCUCAGAAAAGAGUGGAUAUAGUAUUUUUUCUUUAAAAAAUUAGCAAAUCCAAAAAAAAUAUGAAUUCAAUUAAUAUUCCUUUGGUAAUUAUUUUCGAAUUUGCUCCCCCCAAAGAAAUUUUCAAUAAUUUCUGAAAAUAGGUUGUGAUUUACCAUUGAAAUUUCUUGCAGAGUUCCUAAAAUCGUUUUUCACUCCGUUUCAACCGAGAUAUUCGUUUUAUGAGCUAUAUUGGGGGGAGAAAUUCGAAAAUGGACAAAACAAAUGAAGAGUUCAAAUUUAUAUCAAAUCUACUUAUUCAAUGCCCUCUUAUUCUUAAACUUUUCGGAAGGGAUUUUUAUUUACUGAAACAAAAAAUUUUUGAAUAUUUUAAAUAGAAAACACCGUGUUCUCUGAUAUCACGACUAUAAUUUUCAAUCCUGAGAAACUAUAAAUUCUAAAUUGAUAGGUAUUGUUGAAAUUCUUAGAUAUUUCUAAUUAUCAUUAAUGUAGCAACAGGAUUUAUCCUUCAUCGUUCACGUAGUUAAUCGGAUUGGAGUAUUGAUCAAAACAUCUUUAUUUCUCUAGAAUCAGGAAGUCAACCAAAUUAUAUAGAAUAUAUUCAUUUUCUUUUAACCUGUUGACACCCAGAGUAUAAAAAAAUUUAAAGAAUCAAAACAUUGAAAAGCUAAACUCUUCUUUAUAUAACCUUUUGAAUUCCUUAGCCUUUAUCUCCCAUUUAGAUUUAUCUGUUAACUGAUGCAGAGUAUAAGGCAAAAUAGUAAUUUCGUUUGCUUCUGAAAAGAGUUGAAAUAGUAUUUAUUCUUUUAAAAAUUAGCAAUUCAAAAAAAGUGAUGAAUUCAAAUAACAUUCCUUCGACAAGUGUCAUUUUAUCUGGUGAUCUUUUUCGAAUUUGCUCCCCUCAAAGAAAUUUUCAAUAAUUUCAGAAAAUAGGAUUUCUCUAGAUAAUUCCUGGUUAUUUAUUUAACUGCGAAAGUCAAAAUUGAAUAAAAAUGUGCCAAAUGAAUCAAAAUGGAAUAAACGUUCGACCCGUUCAGUUCAAAUCGAUGACUAAGUCAUCACCAAUUAUAUAAUUUGCACUUUGGAAGUGCAGAAAUCAUUUAAGAAAAACGAUAUAUGAUUUGUAUAGUAUAAGUGUUGAACAUUUAUACCUCACUGAUGGUAUAAAAUACUUAAGAGAUAGGAUAGACUGUAAAUAUAUACAAAAAAUGAGAAUGGUCAGCGCGAAUGCGAUUAUAUUUUAUUUUAGAUGAAUGUUCAUACAUCUUUUGUAAUAUCAAAAUUUUUCUGUGAUUUGAUUUUCGAAAAUUUCGAGAAUGUAGAGCAAUAAAACUUGUUUUGGUAGGGAUCUUCCCGAUUAACGCCCAUUGUCGCCAUCUAGUUCCAGAUCGAUAUCACUAAAUUAAUCGAUUUAAAAAACCUCGACAGUGGGCGUCGAUCUUCGAAGUCCCACUGUAUUAUGCAAUUAAAAUACUGUGAUUAGAAUGGAAUAUAUCAACUUGAUUUUUAUUUUUUCAAUUACGUGGCAAUUUUCCGGUUAGUGCUACUUUGCCACAAGCGAGUACAAAGAGGAAAUUGUUAUUCCUUUUCGAUUUUUUUAAGAGCGUGUGAGAUUGAGAGAAUGUCGUAUAUUUUAUUUUUUCAUAUAUAUAAAACUUUGAAAACAGAGUACUUACAACAGAAUUUAUAUAUAUACAGAGAAUGUGAAUAUGUAAAAAAUAUUUUUCCUUUGGAAAUUUAACAAAUUUAUAGGAAAUUUUUUGAAUUUCAAGUUUAUCUGGAAAGUAUACCUUUUUACGGAAUCCAUUGUUUCGAUUAACUAGGCAUUUUAUUGAGUGUAUAUAUCAUAUGAAUAUAUUGUAUAUAAAGCACAACAACAUUGAAAAAUAUUUUUGGUGUUAAAAUCAAACUUCGGCAAUUUCGGUCUUUAAUAUCGGAUUCUGUAUAUACUAAAAACAAAAUUCUUUUAAAAUAUACUCCACAGCAUUUUCAAUAGUCAUUCAUAGUCAAUAGUUUGAAAAAUACAAUAGAUACAGGAUAGCAGUUUCUGCUAUGAUUCCCUCAAAAGUGACGAAGAAAAUCGACAUAUACCAGAGGUAAUUUACAAUACACAGUUUUGAUUCGUGAGAGGUUGUUUUUCGACGGAAUACAAAAAAAUGGUGAACUUAUAGCUCUUAGGCGACUAAAUUAACAAUAAUUAACUCUUUCGGCUUCAUUCAUAAAAAUUCAAAGCUCUUUUUUCCGAGUUUUCAAACUAAGUUCAGCAACGGAUUCAGGUGAUUUUUUCAAAUUUCUCCACCCUUUUAUAUGGACUGAGAGAUCUUGUUAAAAUCACCCUUUUACGAAGACAAAGUGACUAAGGUGCGGUUCUAGAAGAACCGAGCCACAUUCUACCGAUCAUGACGACAUUAAAAUACAUAGUGAAAAACAUAAGAAAUAGCCCAGUUGCACCGAGUGCUUCAAACAUUUUGCCCACUAUAAUAACAAUAGUUAUUAUCCUUCAAAAAUCAUACAAUAGCCCAGUCAAGGGUCGGAUCUGGAGGGCACAUACGCAAGCGUAGGUGCUCGACAGAGACGUCCUUUGAAUUCAAAUUUUUAGCAAGCCCUUGGGGAGUGGGCCCAGCUCACUCUCCACCACCAGUGUAUUUUACAUAAAUAUUCAAGUCUUAAUGCCCGAAUGGACAAAUAUUUAUUGUAAAAUUACAUCAAAACAAAAUUUUCUUUGCAAUAGCCCACAAUACAUGUGCAGUUCUGCACACCGUUUUUAACGUUCAAACCAGAUUUUUUUCUCUACAAUUUUUCCUUGUUUCAUGCAACUGAUGGAGUAUGUCAUGUUCGUGUAGCAAAAGGGGACUCAAAAAAAAUAUGCUGUAGGCUUCGAUCCCUCUGUAAACGCUUACGUAGCUUUGAACGUAGUUAUUUUCAAUACAUGAUCAAUGGCUUCACUGGAACACUAUAAUUUCAAUUAAAUUCAUAUCUGUCUACCAUUUUCGUUUCAAUCCGAUUCUAAUAUCUUCUCCCCAGUUGGUGUUUCAUGAUUUUCCAUGUUCAUAGUGUAUUGUACAACCCUCAGCUUUGCUACAGUCAGCUUAUUAGAGCAUAUAAAUCUAAGAAAAUCCCUUUUUGUGAACAGCAUCUCGUCGGUUGUGGAACUUAAAAUUUUUUAUUUGCAAUAGUCAAAACGCAUGAGUGUUCUUAUGCUAUACAAAAAAGUUCGGUAUACCACACUUUCGUUCAAGUUUUUACCAACUCCGCAUGGAAAAUUAACCAAACAAAUUUUCAUUGCAGAGUUUUCCUCGUUUCAUUACAAUAAUAUAUUCAGAAUUUAUAUACAAAAUUAACGAAUACAGAUUAAACGAAAAAACAUCGCCAAAAUUGAUAGAAGUUAUACAAUGACACUUUUAGUUUCGUUUUCUGUUGAUUUUUAUUUCCGCUUUCGAUAGCCAGACAGUUGAGAACAUUUUGGUCCGUUUAUAUUAAUUCCAACAGAUCAACACUUAAAUUUUAAACUAGGGAAUCUAAAAGUCACUUUUGGGAAAAACAAAACUUUUCGGCAACUACAGAUACUCCAAAUCGUUCAAAAUUCAGUCGAUUACAUUUGGCAAACCACUUGUAAUUCCAUAGUAAACCCAGAUAGUUAAUAAUAUAAAUGUUAGUUGUGUUAUAUUGCAAUUUUUUAAUGUUAAGUUGUGUUUUUUCGUAUACGUCAUACUGUAAGGUACUCCAUCGUACAACAUUGCCCUUGUAUACUCGAAUCUGCAACCUUUUUCGACAUUUAUUAUAUCUCAACCGUCCAACAUAGUUUAUCUUUAGAUGAACUACUGAACGUUUGAAAAUUCUUUUUCAAAUCUUCAGAUGUUGUAUGGUUUUAUGGAGAAAAUUCCUAUUAAAAAAAAUCUCAGAUGAUAAUCAAUAGAAAAGUUGAUAUUGCCAAUUCCUUAUGACAGAUAUAGCACAGAUUAAUAGUUGAAUGUUUCUUGUUGACAUCGAUGUAGCUACAAUAGAAUAAUACAAGUUUUUUGUUGAAUGUAUUCAAGGUAAUAUCAACUUCUUGGGGUUCCAGUAUACAAAACUCGUCGCAAAAGUUCAAACUUUCAGUUCGGUUAAACAAAACUCAACAUAUCCAAUCCAAAAAUAAAACAAUGUUGUGCGAAAACCAUAUAUUCAGUUUCCAAUGAUAUAUCCGAUGUAAUAUUGGAUUUUUAUAGGAUUGUCUUGAAGAAUCGUUAAUUCAUAGUUACUUUCGAAGAAAGUGUCUAGAACUCUGAUGUUCGAAAUUUGAUAGAGAUUCAUUCGCCAAGUAGAAAAAAAAUCUGUAAAUCUAGUCUUGAUAACUUCAACAUAAACUGAAAAAGAAAAUAAAAUCUUAAGGAGGAAAAAUGUAAAAUGAAUUUGUUGAAUGUGAUAAAAAAUUCCCCAAAUACUUGGCGGUCUUCAUCAAAAUUCGUACUAUCUGUUCAAGAAUCUUUGAGGCUCAAAAUAUUCUAGUUUCUCUAACUGUAAAUGUUGAAACUACAGUUGAAUUUUCUUUUGCUUUAAUGUAUUUAUUGAAUUGUUAUAUAGUUUAAGUUAAUUAGAUGUUGAAAAUAUUCAAUUUAAAGUUUGAUAUUAUUUGAAUUGUACUGACAAAAAUGGAUACUUUGAGCAAUUCCUCUGGAAUUGUUGUAUAUCAAGAGUGAAAUGUUGAACUAGAUUUAAGUGAGGUUACAUACUAUUUUUAAUUUUCUACAAUAUUUGCCAUUUUAUUUUCCAUUCGACUGCCAUUUCGAUAGUAACUUAUGCUUUUUUAAUUAAUUUUUAAGUUCCUAUAUAUUUUUUUCGAAGAAACUGUAGGUACAUUACAGAAUUCCUGUAUGAAUGUUGCAUAAAUGAAACGUUGUUCCACUUGUUGAAUUAUGGUUUUGUAAAUUUGGAAAUCACUCAAUUACAUACACUCGAAAUUGUACAAAAUUUGUAAAAAUUUAGACGAAUUGAAUCUGAAAAUUGUACAUUAUAGGGACUAAGGCAAUAUACACGGUGUGUAAUUGAAGCUUUCCACGGAAGAAUUUGAGAAUUUAGUCUAGUGAAAUAAACUUAUCUGUGAAAAUUGAGGCAUUACAAAUUCGAUUUGAAGAAUUGAUUUCUGUGGCACUAGAUCACCAAAAAAUUGUGAAUUAGAUGAAUAAAUUAUGUUAAUGUUUUUGAAAGAAACAAAAAUCGAAAUUUUGGUGUAUGAUGUAUGUGUGACAAAUGUAUCUGAUAUCUGAAAAUAGCAAAUUGCAAAAAUUA